AUGAGGCUUUUCUCUUGCCUUCUUGCCGCCGCCACGGCCAUCACAUCUGCUGUCGCAUACGACAUUCCUGACGGUGCAUCUAUCUCUGUCCCAUGGAGGCAUACAGGACGUCCCGGAUUCGGCUGGGGCAACCAAAAAGACAAAUGGGGUAAUAAGAUCGAGGACGACCGCCGUAAGAUCACUAUUCGUGCGUCUGAAGACGACACCGACGACAUCUCAGCAGAUUUCGUUUGGGCUCUGGAACAAGCACAGAACGGAGGAUUGGUACAUCUCGAAGAAGGCAAGACCUACAUCAUUGGCAAGAAGAUCGAUCUUCCUGUGCUCAAUGAUGUAUAUGUCAAGCUUGAUGGUACCCUGAAGUUCACCGAUGACGUUGCGUAUUGGCAAAGCAACUACUUCUACUACCCUUUCCAAAAGAGUAUCACUUUCAUGGUCUGGAGUGGCAAAGACAUCCGCAUCUACGGCAAGGGAACGAUGGACGGUAAUGGCCAAGCAUGGUACAAUGGCUUUGCUGGUCGUGAGAUCUUGGACUCCUCCAACACAUACUACCGUCCUAUUCUGUUCCUGACCGACAAUGCCACCAAUGUCGACGUUGAGGGUAUCACCUUCUUGAACAGUCCCUGCUGGACCACUUUCCUUGUUCGCACCAAGGACGUCUCUUUCGACAAUGUAUACAUUGAGGCUUUCAGCAACAACGCCUCCGCGCUCCCUAAGAACACUGAUGGCUUCGACUCGCUCAACGUUGACGGUCUGACUGUCACAAACACACGUGUCAAUGUCGGCGAUGACUGCUUCUCGCCUAAACCCAACACCACCAACAUAUACGUUGAGAAUCUUUGGUGCAACGGAACACACGGUGUCUCCAUGGGCUCGAUUGGUCAAUAUCCUGGUGUCAAGGACUACAUCUCAAACGCCUACCUCAAGAACAUCACCCUCCUAAACGGACAAAACGGCGCCAGACUGAAGGCUUGGGCAGGUCCAACAGCAGGUUACGGCUACAUCGAUAACAUCACUUACGAAAACGUGCACAUUGAGAAUACCGACGCACCCAUCGUCCUUGAUCAGUGUUACUUCAACAUCAACGAGACCACCUGCGCUGCCUACCCUUCCAACGUCAACAUCACCAACAUCAAAUUCAUCAAUUUCACUGGUUCAUCAUCGGGCAAGGAUGGUCGUGUUGUCGCGGACUUGACUUGUUCGCCCGGUGCUACUUGCAGUGAGAUCCUUCUCGAGGGUAUCAACCUGACCAGUCCCAAUGGUACGGCGGAGAUUGUUUGUAACAAUAUUCAGGGAGAUAUUGGAGUUGAUUGUAUCUCUGCCGCUGAUGCGGAUGAUUGA